AGUGUCCGGCUCAGGCUCCGGCUGCGGCUCCCGCCCGCGAUGCCCCACUCCGUGACUCUGCGCGGCCCUUCACCCUGGGGCUUCCGCCUGGUGGGCGGCCGGGACUUCAGCGCACCCCUCACCAUCUCGCGGGUCCAUGCUGGCAGCAAGGCUGCCCUGGCUGCCCUGUGCCCUGGAGACCUGAUCCAGGCCAUCAAUGGUGAGAGCACAGAGCUCAUGACACACCUGGAGGCUCAGAACCGCAUCAAAGGCUGCCACGACCACCUCACACUCUCUGUGAGCAGGCCGGAAGGCAGAAGCUGGCCUGGUGCCCCAGAAGACAGCAAGGCUCAGGCAUACAGGAUCAACAUCGACCCUGAGGCCCAGGAUGGCAGUCCAACGACCAGCAGGCGGCCCUCGGCCCUGGGGACUGGGCCAGAAGAUGGCAGGCCAAGCCUGGGAUCUCCUUAUGGGCAGUCACCUCGCCUCCCAGCCCCUCACAAUGACGGCAGCAGUGAGGCCACCUUACUGUCACAGAUGAGCACCCUGCAAGUGUCUCCACCCCACAGCACUGACCCAGCCAAAGGCCUCCCGCGGAGCCGCGACUGCGGAAUCGGCCUGGGCUCAGAGGUAUACAGGAUGCUGCGAGAGCCCGCCGAGCUCCCAACCGCGGAGCCCAAGCAGUCAGGGUCCUUCCGCUAUCUGCAGGGCAUGCUGGAAGCUGGUGAGGGCGGGGCACCAUUGUCAAGGCGCGGGACAAGCUGUACCACCCCGAGUGCUUCAUGUGCAGCGACUGCGGCCUGAACCUCAAGCAGCGCGGUUACUUCUUCCUGGACGAGCGGCUCUAUUGCGAGAGCCACGCCAAGGCGCGGGUCAAGCCGCCGGAGGGCUACGAUGUGGUGGCGGGGUACCCCAAUGCCAAGGUGGAACUCGUCUG